CUGGAAUUCAGGUAAUUGAAGCUGUCAGAACGCGUCCACUGCUCUGGAAUACGGAUUUGGAGGAGUAUAGAGACAGUAAUUUAAAAGACACAGCAUGGGGCGAAAUAGCAGAGCAACUGGGACAAAAUAAAGCGAAUUUGAAAGAGGAAUGGAGGAAAUUACGUGACCGCCACCGCCAAGCUUUCUUCCAGAAGAAGACCAAGUCAGGCCAAUCAGCUACAAAAUGCAAGCCAUGGAAAUAUGAACAACAAAUGGAGUUCCUCGUUACAACAGUGAAACAUAGGAAAUGUGACACUAAUAUCCCUCUAAUGGACCAAAGUGUUGAUGGGGGAACGGUCCCUGAUUGCGACUGUCCUCACACUCCAGGAGAUGAAAGCAUUACUGAUAUAGAGGAGAAUGAAGAGACUAGUCCUCUUCCCUCUACUAAUGCGUCAACACCAGGUGAAUCCCGUAAUCGUCACCCCAGAAAUGUGGACAAAUUAAUUAUUUAUUUGCAAGAAAAACAGAAAGCCAAAAGAAGUGCACCAAAAACUGAUGACUUGGACUUAUUUUUCGCCAGUGCUUGCAAGUACACUCGUUUGCUCCCUCGUUUUUUGCAAACACGGAUAAAACUAGAACUGAUGCAGUAAAUCGCAAAAGCAGAGGAAGAGCAUUCACGCUCUUCGGGUUUUAGCGUCGCAAGCUGUUCAAGAACCAUCAAGAGUACCACAUCAUUCUUUUUCUCCAUCCAGCCUCUCUCCUUCAUCCAGCUCUUCGAACAUGCAUUGUAUCUCUUAUUUGAGUGAUAACACCACCAGUUUUGAAACUCUCUAAUUUCUCAGUAACUUUGCACAUUAUGCUAAUUACAAUAAUGUAAUGUAUGUUUCCUUCGACCAAAUAUUGUACUCUUUAAUUAUAUAAAAACGAUUUCAGUUGAACAGUGAAUAGUUUUCAUUGUUCUGGUUACGAGUGAGUGGUAGAGGCGGUCGUAUCGGAUUUGGCCCCAAUCAAACAAUGUGAAUCGUUGGAACCGAUUCCUUCUCGAUUAUUAAGUUG